AUGGAGUACAUAAUGCCCAAGGAGUGCAUCAUUUUGAACGUCUUAUUGGCUAUUGUUGAUUUCCUGACCUACGAAUCGAUUAGAAUGUCUCAGUGUGUUGAUACCACCGACGAGAGAACGCUGGCGGUGGUUACCAAAUGUGAUAAAUCUCCUGAAGAUCUGCUCGAGAACUUCACUUCCGACGAUGUGAACAUUGGGCUUGGCUACGUAUAUGUGAGGAAUCGCAUCAAGGACAAGUCCUACGAGGAGGCUAGGGUUGAGGAGGCGAGACUGUUUCAAACGGAUCCCUUUCUCUCACAAAUCGACAAAUCCAUCGUGGGCAUCCCUAUUUUGGCCUAG